GAAAGAAAUAGAUCUACUGCCGUAUAAGAGUGCCGAGAUAAAUAAUGAGUUCUAUCCAUUCCUUUUGGUUGGGCCAAAUCUCGGAAUACCUUUAGAGUUUGUACACGAAAUAUUUAAAACCGCUCAUGGAAUUUUCAUGAAAGUCCGUCAAAAUCAUGUACAAAAAAGUUCCGAAGUCAUUUCUAACGGAGAUUCCAUUGAACUUUUGCAAAAAUCCACAAGAUGCUUGAUGUUACUGAAUCCAGAUUUUUACAGUGCCACCAACACAAGGCAUUGGAUCAUUGCUCAGGUGCCACUUGACAAUCUUGCAUCCAAACUAUUGUUAGACGAAGAACUGGAAAAUAUGAAGACGUGGAUAGAAACAAACGUUUCAGAUCAUUCUGGAUUUCACCAUCGGCAAAGAAAAGACUUGUUGGGAAUGGUCACCACUAAAAGAACGAAAACCACAGGAAUAGACGAAUCUUUGGCAGUUUUAUGGAUUGAAGAAAUCCAAAUAACCAGAGAUUUAAUAAUGAGAUAUCCUGGCCACGAAACGUUGUGGAAUCAUUUAAGAUUUCUUUCUUUUGCUUGGAGAUGGUUGAAUAUAAUAGAUUAUAUUCACCAUCCCGAAGAUUCCGAUGUCAGAUCAGGUGAGAAUGAGCAGAUAAAUGCGUGGCCCGAGGAUCAAAACGAAUUUGAAUUUGCAAGAGGUUGUAUUCAACAAGUCGACUCACUGCAACCUGAUGAUGAGAAACCCGAAAUUUUUGAUAACUUGGUAAAACAAAAAAGAUACGCCUCGAGUUAUGAACUAUGGAUUUCAGAACUGGUGAGCAAAAUUAAGAAAAACCUGAAACCCUUCAAAGAUUAA